CUGUUGCCUGGUAACAGUAAACAUCGGCCGGUGCCCGGUGCGGAGCGGAGGGUGCUUUUGGUUUGGCAUACAAUGGGCGCCCCCAAAGAAGAGAUCCCGGUGCCCAUCUACGGGGGAAGAUUUCUAGAUCGUUCCCCGCAUGUCCGUUCUGCUGGAAAGCUAUUUCCUAUUGGAGAGAGAGCAGCAAGGUGUCUGACUGAGGUCUACCCAAGGUCUUCAACUCCACCUGUUGUCCAGAAGUUCCUUAACACCAGACGCUCCAAACCUGGUGCUAGGACUAUAUUCUAUGGCAAAGCAAACGAUCCCGAUUUGGAAAAUUACAUUGUGCAUGGUGUAAGCACCCACUCAUCGCUUAGUGCUGGUUCAUUAAUAAACGUACCAUCAAAACCACUGUUUCAGCAAAAACGUAUUGAGAAGCGAGAGUCCUUAUAUUCUAGUCAUAGACGAACACCACUUGGGAAAUCGCAUGAUCAGACAACAGCGUUUCCACCCAAUAUAAAUGUUAGUGAAAUGACAUUUGGAAGGAAGAAUGAAAGAGGUUUAUCAGCAGGGAUACUUAUUAAUCCGUCUAAAAGCAAGCAAGAUAUAGAGGAGGAAGAACGCAAAGGACAUGAGAUUUAUGUGGUCACACAUAAUGAUUACGAUGUAGGUGAAAUAAAGGACAGAAAAUAUGACUGGACGAAAUUCAGAAAGGACGGAUCAUUUGGAAUCGAAACACCUCAUUUUAGUGAUGGUAGGAAUGUUGCAAAAUCCUUAAGGUGGCUCCAAGAAAUCAAAAGGAACGAAACUGCUAACAUAGUUUCUAAAAGGCUUGAUGACUUUCGUGAACGUACUCAACAUCAGCUCGGAAAAGUUCUUGACCCUAUUGCAGAUACUUUGAAUGUUCCUGCUGAUCAUACUUUUGGUAUUCUUCUUCGCUCUGAAAAACAUGGAGUGGGGGAUAUUCUUCACAAUAGGGCACCCAAAGACUUCUUGCGUGGUAAGGACAGGCAGAGAGCCACCCUGGCAACUAUUCAGCAACACUUGAAGAGAGCAAACUAUCAUCAAUUUGGCUCAUUACUGGAAGCUUUUAGGCAUUAUGACAAGAAUGGUGACGGAAAAAUUGAUAAGGAAGAGUUAAAAGAUGCUUGUGUGACAUUUGGCCUAAAUCUAGACUCUCAUGUCUUGGACUUACUUUUUGAAUAUUGUGAUGAAGACAAAGAUGGUUUGAUCAACUUUGUAGAGUUUGCCAAUUUUUUAACCUGGAAGGAUAAAAUGUCCAUCAAGAAAUUGGAAGAAAAAAUACUAACAGAAGAAUGCCUAUUGAAACCUGAGGAAAUUGUUUUGAAAGAAGAAGGGGGAUCUGAAAAGACAACAAAAAUGCUAAUAAAAGGAAACCAGACUCCAGACAUUUAUGAAACAUCGUCUUCUAGGAUUGGUGCAUCUAUCACUCUUCCAAGUUCUAUUUACUAUAGGACCUAUGGUAUUCCUACCAUUCGAACAGAUAUUGCUCCUCCUCGAUUACGCAGGAUUAGUGACAGAAACAACUAUGGAGAUGAAUCGAAUGCCUUUGGACUGCUUUGUCCAUCUAUCUUUACACAGAACAUGGUCUAUGAACGUGAUAUUUUCAAAUCUCGUCCCAAGGAAGAGAUUGCACAGAUACUACGCAACAUAGGUGUUCAUAUUCCAGAUAAUCACUUUGAAAGGCUAUGGGAUCUGGCUGCAAAGAUACAUCCAAAAGGAGAAGUGUCAAUUGAGACAAUAAGGAGUGUUCUAGAUGACAUGCACACAAACCCCAUUUUACUUUCCUAAAUUUCAGUCUAUCAUCCGGAUGGUAUCCAGAUGAUAUAUUUUAAAAUAAAUAGGUUACCUUUAUUUUUUGUAUGCCUUAUUUGAAAAUAUUAAUAUUUUCAGUGAGAAUUUAUAAGUUUUAUAAACAGUGUGGUAAACUGUAAUUAAACAAUACUUCAAUAAAUAGAUAACAGAGGAAAAUAAUUGAUGAACCUGUUAAUAUUUAGACCUCUUUUUUUCUGGUCUUUUUGCAUCUGAGAAGGUGAGAGUACAUCUUUUAGAGCACCGUGUUGGUGGAUGCAGGAUCAAUGACAAUUGUCUUUCUGAUUAUGGCGGAGAUUAUUUUUAUACUUAAAGGAUUUAUUAUGGAUAAUUUAUACUGUGUUUAUUCAUGUAUUUAUUCAAUUGCUGUAUGGGAUUUUGUGGUUGAACUAUAUCACAUGUAGUGCACUGAAAGUGUUUACUGGACUAUUAUAUCAGAUUUUUGCAACGGAAUUUUAUCACAUUGAUUACACAUUACACACUAUUAUUAAUUCAUAUCUGCACAGUAAUUUUAAGGAUUUGAAUUGUGUGAUCUUUUUAAAUUUUUGGUUUUAUUUGAUACUAGGUUAUUGGGGGAACACUGCAACAUUUUGAUCAGGUCCGGACUGGCCAUAGGACACACAGGCAUUUGUCUGGGCCGCAUGCCCUAACAAAAGCUGGCUAAUGUGACAGAGAGGGUGAGAACCUUGUCAUAAAAUAUGUGAUCAUAUUGCAUUUAUCAUGCACAUAGUUCUCACCAACGAGUUUCUUCUACCACAAGCCAUGUGGGCCUCUGGGGAGUGACACUGUCCAAACAGGACUUUGUGAGUCCUCCUAGGCCAGUCCUCUUUUUGGCCUUACCGACAAAUUUGAUGCUGGCGCUCAGUGGUGGCUGCCUGUAAAAACCCGCUGGAAGAAGACAGAAAACAGGAUCUGUUAUGUGAUACGCGUAGCCAGAUUUUUUAUUCUAUUGACAUAGCCCCUUGUACCCUUUUAUGUGUCCCUAAUAAACCAUUUACUAAGGA